AUGUCAAAGCGAUCUUGGUCCGUGGCGAACGCCGCUCAAGGCUUACUCGACAUGAACUCGGGUUCCCGAAGUGCCACUAACGCACCUUCAAUGUCUCCACCACAAGGCCCUUCACAGGAUUCUCCAAAUGGACCCCAGAUAUCACGAAAGGUCAAAGCAUGUGCUGCUUGUCGCAAACAAAAGAUCAAAUGCCUUAUGGACAACAAUGGGGAACCACCAUGUCGGCGCUGUAUAGAACGAGGCCUCUCGUGUGUUCUAAACAAAAGUCUGCAAACCUUGAUAAAUGAGCGAUCGCAAUGGAAGGAUGAUAUGCAUCGCGAUAUUUCAAACAUGCAUGUAGCCGUUCAGGAUAUUCUGAAAAGGCUAUCCAUGCCCGCACUGCAACCACUUAGAGCAACCUCCUCGGCCGAAGAUCAACAGGAAACUUCACCCUACGAUGAUACCGUGGUUGAGAAAGUCGAAGACGUCGGUCCUUCUUGCGACAAUUCUCCCAAACUACCACCACAGACCGAGUCUUUACAAAAUGUCCCGAUCGAGUCGCUGUAUCAGAUUACGCGAUUGCGUUCACUACGGGCUGAAAACUCUGGAGAUGAGAACAAGGCAGAUGAAGGCUCGGACGUGGUUUCCAAAGGCAUAGUGUCUCUUGAAGAAGCCGAGAGAUUGACCAAAUUAUACCUUGGGCGACUGGACCACUAUGCCUACAGCAUCGCCAACAAAUUCACCGAUCUGCAAUCCAUACGGCGGCGAUCAGUAGCCCUGACCAACGCAAUCCUGACUGUCGCUGCACUGCAUGAUCCAAAUAGUAAUCAACUCUUUGGACCAUGCUGCCGAGAGCUGAAAAGAGUGCUUUCGGAAUCCAUGUUCGUGCGUCGCAUCGAUCGUGAAUACCUGCGAGCCAUGUGUAUAGGAUCCUAUUGGCUGAGCGACAUUUCUUACACGUUGUCUGGGCAUGCAAUCAGGCGCGCCAUGGGCAUCAAUCUGAGUUCUAAUUAUUACAGAGUGCUCAAAGAUGGGUCGGAAGAUGCCGCAGACUGUCUUCGUCUAUGGUAUUUGCUAUACAUUUGUGAUCAGCAUUUGAGCAUUCUCUAUGGUCGACCAACAACGAUACGAAUCGAUGAUCCUAGUCUGCAAGGCUGGGAGCGAUAUCUCGAAGUCCGCGUGGCGGUGGAGCAGGAUCGACGGACUGCUAGUCAAGUCGCGUUGAUGGUCAUCAUGGGUGCUAUUAGAGAGUUCUUUGAACGACACAGCAGAGACACACAAACACUCCCACAGAAUUUGACCGAGCACAUUGCCUCUUUCGACCGCCAGAUUGAUCGUUGGGUCGAGACCUGGUAUCAACAUCUAAAACGACGCGAUGACAUCGGAGACUGGCCUUCGAAAGGCGUCCUCCUCCACUCCAACCUCGCCCGCCUCCACCUCCACUCCCACAUCUUCCGCGGCCUCGCAAACGCCCCAGUCCCCCACUACUUCCGGCACUCAGCCGCAAAAGCCGUCGACGCCGCCCGCACAAUCGUCGAAGUCCUUCUCUCAGACCCAGACAUGCGAGCAGGCCUCGUAGGCAUGCCACACUACCUGCACACCAUGAUUGCCUUUGCCUGCGGUUUCCUGCUCCAAAUGACUACAAAAUACGACAAUGACUUGGUGUCACGCACACACGUACAUGACCUAAUAAACCGCCUAGUCGCCCAAUUGCGUCUCAUGCCAACUGGCGAAUACCACUUGGUUCGGUUCAUGUCCGAGGGUUUGGAAAAAAUGGUCGAGGCGAGUAUGAGGACGCCCACACAAGCUUCUGCCCAACUCUUCAAUGGCGGGUUUCAAUAUAUGAACGACGCUCAGUAUAACACAGCAGCAACUCAUCAGAUGGACAUGUUGGCCCCAGGACCUCAAACCGAUUUUGGAAAUAUGGGAGCGAAUGCUGGUGCUGCUGCUGGUAACAGGGAUGAUUCCUUCAUGAUGCCUGAUUUUGGGCUUGCGAAUUCGUUUUUGCCCUUUGAGGAUCCUGUUUUUAGGACUUCGGAUUUUGGGUAUCUGUAA